CAGGCUGUUUGGAUGGAUAAUGGAUGGGUUUGUGGGUGGAUAGGUGCCCCCAGGGCAGUAGGCAGCAGCAGAGGAAUCCCCACACAGGAGCUUUUGCAGCCCAUUGAUUGCACACCCAUUUCAGUGAGCACAUGGGCACUGCACACCUGUGUGCAUGUGAGCUCACCCACGCACACAGGCACAUGCAUCCACACACACCCACAUGUGCACAUGCAUCUGCACACAAAUGUGCACCUCCACACUUGUGGAGGGGAAACUGAGGCACAGAGCAGCUCCGACCCCAUCCCACAGCCCCACCACCACUUGCUCUCUCUCUUCUCCAAAUCCCAAAUCCUCCCUAACGAGCUCCAAGCCAGCAGCAAGGCCAUGGCCAGCCCCGUGCCCCCGCACCAUCCCCGUGCCCCACAACAUUGAUUGUGCCCCACAUCACCGCUGCCCCUCUGUCCCCCCCGGCCGCCCACCUCCGCCUCGCUCUGCAGAGCAAACAGCCGCGGGCUCGGCUGCGCAUCGAUUCUGUGAGCGCUGCUGUUUGCUUAACCUUUGCAGAGAGCGGCAGGCGCGCGGCACGAGGAGAUGCUGCCUCUCAGCUUUGUCCUUCCCCAUCCUUCAGCUGCUAAUGGAGCUCUGCUUGCCUGGCUGAGGGGCUGCAGUGGCCCACGAGCAGGGGAUGGGGACAGGGAUCACCCCGGGGUCUCUUCGUGGACCGCUCGGGAUGUUGUCCCCACUCAUGUGGUGCUGCAUAUGUGGGGUGAUGCUCCUGGUGCUGGCACCGUGGGAAUGUGGCACUUUGGGGUGGUGGCUGUGCCAUGGGAUGUGGUUGCUUGGGGUGGUGGCCAUGCUGGUAGGGAUGUGGUUGUAUGAGGUGGUGGCUGUGCCCUGGAAAUGCACUGAUUUGGGUUCAUGGCCGUGUCAAUAGGGAUGAGGUAGUUUGGGGUGGUGGCCAUGCCAUGGGGAUGUGGUAAUCUGGGGUGCUGGCUGUGCCAUGGGAACAGGAUGGUUUGGGGCUGUGGCUGUGCCAAUAGAGACAUGAUAUUUUGGGGUGGUGGCCAUGCCGUGGGGACCUGGUGGCCUGGGGUGGUGGCUGUGCCAUGGAAAUGGGGUGGUGGCCAUGCCAUUAAGGACAUUAUGGCUGAGGGUGGUGGCCAUGUCAUGGGAACCUGGUGUCCAUGCUGAUAGGGACAGGAUGGUUUGGGAUGCUGGCAGUGCCAUGGGGAUGUGGUGUUUUGGGGGUGGUGGCUGUGCCAUGGAGAUGCAGUGGUCUGGGGUGGUUGCUGUACUAUGGGGACGUACUGGUUUGGGGUGGUGAGGUGGCUUGUAUGGCCUGUAGUGGUGGCUCUGCUCUGGGGACAAAGUGACAUCGGCACACAUUGUCUGAGCAUAGCAGUGUCCCAUUAUCCCUCAGCAUGAGGCGAGUGCUGUGAUCUAAUCUGGGGGUGUCCAAUGGGGCCCCUCCAUGGCCACACCACCCCUGUCCCUGUCCCCAUGCACAGCCCUGUGCCACCCGUGGGAGCGCUGCGCCGGAGGGUGACUCACAGAGCCCAUGGCCUCGCAGAGGCGUAUUUUUAGGAGCUCAUUAAAAAAGAAAAGAAAAGGAAAAGGAGGGGAGAGGGAAAAAAGGAGCGGGGAAGCAGCGGCAGAGCGCAGUUAUCCUUCACGUGGUGACUGCUCGUGGGGACAUGGGGACCGCGCAGGGGCGGCACCCCGACCCCAAAAUCUUCUUAAAGCCCCUAAAUCCCCCACAGCCAGCGCCACGGCCGCGUGUCCCGGGGCUGUGGUGUCACUCUGAUGGGUGUCACCGGUCCCCGCGUCCCCGUUGCGAUUCGGCCGCGGCGCCGCGGGCGGCUGUCAGCUCCCAUCGCGUCGCAAUGCCGGCUGUGACAAGCGGGCGCUCGGCCCCGCAGCCCCCGGUCCUCGGCUGCGGAACGCGGGGUGACACGCGGCGGAGCGCGGCCACCAAAGCCCCGGGCACGGAGCGGGGUGUGCCACAGGGCUUCGUCCCCGCCGUCACCGUCGGUGCCAUGUGCGUGGGGGUGGCAUUGCUGGGGACGGUGCUCUCAGCCCCGCUACCAACAGCGGCGACAGCCCAUGUGGGUCACAGCGCGGUGCGUGCGUGGGGCUGGGAGGGGUUGGGGUGAUGGGGACGUGCUGGGGACGUGGAGUGAUGGUGGCCACGGAGGGGCAGUGCGGCACUGCCGCCCCACGGGCUGCACUGGGGUGCAGGUGUGGUCCUGCUCCCUGUCCUCAGUGGUCCCGGCUGGGGCAGUGCAGACACUCUGGGGACAGAGUCCAUUGGGGUGUCCUAUGGGGUGGGAGCUGUGGGGCACUCUGGGGGUGUAGGUUGGCCCUGAACUUGGGGCUGACAUUUGUCCCCUCGGUGUGUUUCUGAAUGUCCCCCAUGUGCCACAUGUGUCCCCUUACUGUCCAACCACGUGUCUCCGUGUGACAUGUGUGUCCCCAUGGGGUGUGACCGAAAGUCCCCAAAUGUCACAGGGAUCUCCUCCCUGGGCCAGCAGGGACACAGGUGACAAUCCCAGGGAGCAGUGCCUCGGUCUGAGCCACCCCGGGGACACAGAGGGGACAGGGGGUGGCGCUGCUUCUGACCCAUCCGUACCGCUCGUGCCCCGUGGGUGUCCCCGGGGCUGCACCCCAUGGCCGCACCGGCUGGGGGCGUGGCCAGUUUGGGGGCGUGGCUCUGCGCUCCCCGGACGGCGCUGGGGGCGAAUCACUGCGCGGAUGGGGCGUGGUCUGCGCGAAGUGGGCGUGUCUCUCGAUGGAGGGGGCGUGGCCAAGGAGUGCUCGGGCGUGUCUACAGCGGCAGUGGGCGUGGCCACAGCGGGCGUGGGCGUGGCCGGGCGCGGGGGGGCGUGGCCGGGCGCGGAGCGCACCGGAGCUCAGCGGAGCGGAUCGGAGCGGAGCGGCACCGCCGAUCCCCGAACCCCACCGCCCUGCCCGCCCCCAAACCGGCACCAUUCCGGCCCAGCGAGCAGCCCCGGCCGGGCGUCGGCUCAGCCUCGGCCGUAAAACUUUGCUGGCGGCCGCUGCGGGCGUGGUGAUGGUGCUGGUGCUGGUGGUGCUCAUCCCGGUGCUGGUGAGCUCGGCGGGCACCGACGGCCGCUACGAGAUGCUGGGCACUUGCCGCAUGCUCUGCGAGCCCUACGGGGGCACCGCGCCGGGGGGCGGCCCGCUCCCUCCGCCCUCCACGCUGGUGCAGGGGCCGCAGGGCAAAGCGGGCAAACCGGGCAAACCGGGACCGCCGGGACCCCCCGGCGAACCGGGCCCGCCGGGAGCUGCGGGCCCGCCGGGGGUGAGGGGCGAAGCGGGCAAACCGGGGCCGCCGGGGCUGCCGGGGCUGGGGGGCACGGGGGCGGUGAGCACGGCCACCUACAGCACGGUGCCGCGCGUCGCCUUCUACGCCGGCCUGAAGAACCCGCACGAGGGCUAUGAGAUCCUCAAGUUCGAUGAUGUGGUCACCAACCUGGGCAACAGCUACGAUGCCGCCUCGGGGAAGUUCACCUGUGUCAUCCCCGGCACUUAUUUCUUCACCUACCACGUCCUGAUGCGCGGCGGAGACGGCACCAGCAUGUGGGCUGACCUCUGCAAGAAUGGGCAGGUGCGGGCCAGCGCCAUCGCGCAGGAUGCGGACCAGAACUACGACUACGCCAGCAACAGCGUCAUCCUACACCUGGAUGCAGGUGAUGAGGUCUUCAUCAAGCUGGAUGGGGGCAAAGCCCACGGCGGCAACAACAACAAAUACAGCACCUUCUCGGGCUUCAUCAUCUAUUCGGACUGAGCCUGGACCCGUGGCAUCACCCCAUGGCAUCGCCCCACGGCAUCGCUCCACACCCACCCAGCUCCACGGCAUCCCCAUGUGCAGCCCUAUGGCCGGCCGUGGGGCCCAGGAGCCCCCUUCCCCAUCACCCGCUCACCCCAUUGCUGCUAAUUCGGGGCGGGGGGAGCAGAAGGGCGGUCCCCUGGCUGUGACCCGCUCGGUGCCCGUGGGAUGUGGGUCUGUAUGGGUGCCUCGUGCCAGGGUUGUGCUGGGGGAGCUGCCCAGCCCCAGGUGACUCCAUGGUAAAGCAGAGC